AUGUCUCACUUCCCAGAUUUGGGUUCAAACAGUGGAGGAGAUUGGAGCCCAUUUUGUGUAACCUGGAGAAUACGACAACUGGUUAUACCGAGGAUAAUACGACAUUAUACUGAGGAGAACACGACAACUGGUUAUACCGAGGAGAAUCCGACAACUGGUUAUAUCGAGGAGAAUCCGACAACUGGUUAUACCGAGGAGAAUACGACAACCGGUUAUACCGAGGAGAAUCCGACAACUGAUUAUACCGAGGAGAAUCCGACAACUGAUUAUACCGAGGAGAACACGACAACUGGUUAUACCGAGGAGAAUCCGACAACUGGUUAUAUCGAGGAGAAUCCGACAACUGGUUAUACCGAGGAGAAUCCGACAACUGGUUAUACCGAGGAGAAUCCGACAACUGAUUAUACCGAGGAUAACACGACAACUGGUUAUAUCGAAGAUAAUCCGACAACUUGUUAUACCGAUGAGAAUAUGACAACUGGUUAUACCGAGGAGAAACCGACAUCUGGUUAUACCGAGGAUAAUACGACAACUGGUUAUACCCAGGAGAAUAUGACAACUGAUUAUACCGUGGAGAAUACGACAACCGCUUAUACCGUGGAGAAUACGACAACUGGUUUUACCGAGGGGAAUCUGACAACUGGUUAUACCGAAGAGAAUCCGACAACUGGUUAUACCGAGGAGAACACGACAAAUGGUUGUACCGAGGAGAAUCCGACAACUGGUUAUACCGAGAAGAAUCCGACAACUGGUUAUACCGUUGAGAAUACGACAACUGGUUAUACCGAGGAGAAUCCGACAACUGGUUAUACCGAAGAGAAUCCGACAACUGGUUAUACCGAAGAGAAUCCGACAACUGGUUAUACCGAGAAGAAUCCGACAACUGCUUAUAACGUGGAGAAUACGACAACUGGUUAUACCAUGGAGAAUACGACAACUGGUUAUACCGAGGAGAAUACGACAACUGGUUAUACCCAGAAUACGACAACUGGUUAUACCGAGGAAAAUACGACAACUGGUUAUACCGAAGAGAAUCCGACAACUGGUUAUACCGAGGAGAAUCCGACAACUGGUUAUACCCAGGAGAAUCAGGCAACUGGUUAUACCGAAGAGAAUCCGACAACUGGUUAUACCGAGGAGAAUACGACAACUGGUUAUACCCAGGAGAAUCCGACAACUGGUUAUACCGAAGAGAAUCCGACAACUGGUUAUACCGAGGAGAAUACGACAACCGGUUAUACCGAGGAGAAUACGACAACUGGUUAUACCCAGGAGAAUACGACAACUGGUUAUAUCGAAGUGAAUCCGACAACUGGUUAUACCGAAGAGAAUCCGACAACUGGUUAUACCGAAGAGAAUCCGACAACCGGUUAUACCGAAGUGAAUACGACAACUGGUUAUACCGAGGAGAAUACGACAACCGGUUAUACCGAGGAGAAUACGACAACUGGUUAUACCCAGGAGAAUCCGACAACUGGUUAUACCGAAGAGAAUCCGACAACUGGUUAUACCGAGGAGAAUCCGACAACUGGUUAUACCCAGGAGAAUCCGACAACUGGUUAUACCGAAGAGAAUCCGACAACCGGUUAUACCCAGGAGAAUACGACAACUGGUUAUACCGAGGAGAAUACGACAACCGGUUAUACCGAGGAGAAUACGACAACCGGUUAUACAGAGGAGAAUACGACAACUGGUUAUACCCAGGAGAAUACGACAACUGGUUAUACCCAGGAGAAUCCGACAACUGGUUAUACCGAGGAGAACACGACAACUGGUUAUACCGAGGAGAAUAAGACAACCGGUUAUACCGAGGAGAAUCCGGCAACUGGUUAUACCGAGGAGAAUCCGACAACUGGUUAUACCCAGGAGAAUCCGACAACUGGUUAUACCGAAGAGAAUCCGACAACUGGUUAUACCGAGGAGAAUACGACAACUGGUUAUACCCAGGAGAAUCAGACAACUGGUUAUACCGAAGAGAAUCCGACAACUGGUUAUACCGAGGAGAAUACGACAACCGGUUAUACAGAGGAGAAUACGACAACUGGUUAUACCCAGGAGAAUACGACAACUGGUUAUAUCGAAGUGAAUCCGACAACUGGUUAUACCGAAGAGAAUCCGACAACUGGUUAUACCGAAGAGAAUCCGACAACUGGUUAUACCGAGGAGAAUCCGACAACUGGUUAUACCCAGGAGAAUCCGACAACUGGUUAUACCGAAGAGAAUCCGACAACCGGUUAUACCCAGGAGAAUACGACAACUGGUUAUACCGAGGAGAAUACGACAACCGGUUAUACCGAGGAGAAUACGACAACCGGUUAUACAGAGGAGAAUACGACAACUGGUUAUACCCAGGAGAAUACGACAACUGGUUAUACCCAGGAGAAUCCGACAACUGGUUAUACCGAGGAGAACACGACAACUGGUUAUACCGAGGAGAAUAAGACAACCGGUUAUACCGAGGAGAAUCCGGCAACUGGUUAUACCGAGGAGAAUCCGACAACUGGUUAUACCCAGGAGAAUCCGACAACUGGUUAUACCGAAGAGAAUCCGACAACUGGUUAUACCGAGGAGAAUACGACAACUGGUUAUACCCAGGAGAAUCAGACAACUGGUUAUACCGAAGAGAAUCAGACAACUGGUUAUACCGAGGAGAAUACGACAACCGGUUAUACAGAGGAGAAUACGACAACUGGUUAUACCCAGGAGAAUACGACAACUGGUUAUAUCGAAGUGAAUCCGACAACUGGUUAUACCGAAGAGAAUCCGACAACUGGUUAUACCGAAGAGAAUCCGACAACCGGUUAUACCGAAGUGAAUACGACAACUGGUUAUACCGAGGAGAAUACGACAACCGGUUAUACCGAGGAGAAUACGACAACUGGUUAUACCGAGGAGAAUCCGACAACUGGUUAUACCGAGGAGAAUACGACAACCGGUUAUACCGAGGAGAAUCCGACAACUGGUUAUACCGAAGAGAAUCCGACAACCGGUUAUACCGAGGAGAACACGACAACUGGUUAUACCCAGGAGAAUCUGACAACUGGUUAUACCCAGGAGAAUCCGACAACUGGUUAUACCCAGGAGAAUACGACAACUGCUACUGAGCAUUACUGCCAAUCGCCUGACGUCAUUGGUGUCAUCAUGGAAGGUGCGGAUGGGGUUAAAGGGGUUGGUAUUGGUGUUCUAUCGCCACAUCGCCACAAUGAAGUGAGAUCACUCUAG